AAUUUAUGAUACUCUUUUAAGACGUUACCGUUUCAUACUUUUUAGUUUUUAUCUUGCCGAUUAGUCUAUUUGUAAACGAAGACGGAUCUCAAACUUUUCGAGGUUGCGUGUCCUCUCUAUCAUUGGUCCAGUGCAUGGAGCAGAAUAUCUCUGACUGCAUCGAAUCAAUCCCUUACUUCUCACUGUAUCGUAUCAACUAUCAACCAAUGAAAAAAGGGAUUUGAGAAACCCAGAAAAAGUCUCCACCGGCGGCGGCGGCUACUUGUUUCUUGGUCGCUCGUCACUGUGUAAUUCAGUUGGACUCACUCAGUUUCUUCUUUAUUUCACUUCAAAAACCGAUAAUUAGGGUUUUAUUUUGGCCAGCCAUAGAAAUGUCUCUGUUGCAGCCGUAUUUCCAACAAUGCCCCACCGCAUUCACGCCCGCCGUCUCAGUCCCAGCUCCUUGUUUGUCAUUCUACAUAUCGGUUUCCAAACGCAGCGUCAUAUCUUGUUGCUCGUCGCAGUCCCAAACGACAGUCAUUAAUGGCAAACUCGAUAGUAGAAUCUUUGACAGGGAUGAGAUUCGUCUUGGCUUGCCAAGCAAAGGUCGCAUGGCUGCUGACACUCUCGAUCUACUCAAGGAUUGUCAAUUGUCGAUUAAGCAGGUCAAUCCUAGGCAGUAUGUUGCUAGAAUACCUCAGCUUUCCAAUCUAGAAGUCUGGUUUCAGCGGCCAAAAGACAUUGUUCGGAAAUUGUUAUCUGGAGAUUUAGAUCUUGGUAUCGUGGGGUUCGAUACUGUUAGUGAAUAUGGGCAGGGUAAUGAAGAUCUUAUCAUUGUUCAUGAUGCCCUUGAGUAUGGAGAUUGCCGUUUAUCCCUUGCAAUUCCGAAGUACGGGAUCUUUGAGAAUAUCAAUUCACUGAAGGAGCUAGCCCAGAUGCCCCAGUGGACUGUUGAGAAACCUCUAAGGGUUGCAACUGGCUUUUCUUAUCUUGUUCCUAAAUUUAUGAAAGAAAAUGGAUUGAAGCACGUGAUAUUUUCAACUGCUGAUGGAGCCUUAGAGGCUGCUCCUGCGAUGGGAAUAGCUGAUGCAAUUUUGGACCUUGUGAGUAGCGGGACAACAUUGAGGGAAAACAACUUGAAAGAAAUUGAAGGUGGAGUUGUAUUGGAAAGCCAGGCUGUUCUAGUUGCAAGCCGAAAAGCAUUAAUCCAGCGGAAAGGUGCACUGGACACAACACACGAGAUUCUUGAACGAUUUGAGGCUCAUUUGAGGGCACUUGGUCAGUUCACGGUAACUGCAAAUAUGAGGGGCAGAAGCGCAGAGGAAGUGGCUGAGCGAGUACUGAGCCAGCCAUCAUUAUCUGGGUUGCAGGGGCCCACAGUAAGUCCAGUUUUUCGGAAACAUGAUGGAAAAGUAGCUGCUGACUACUAUGCCAUAGUCAUAUGUGUACCCAAGAAAGCUCUAUACAAGUCUGUACAACAAUUGAGAGCGAUUGGAGGUAGUGGGGUGCUAAUUUCACCAUUGACCUACAUUUUUGAUGAAGAGACCCCAAGGUGGAGAGAACUUCUUUCAAAGCUUGGCCUCUAGUCCUUUCCAAUAGAUGCAUGGUUGUUUUGUUGCAUUCCAUAUCAAUGCUGAAGAAUUUUUGAGCUCUUAAGGUUCCCAGGUGGAUCGAAAAACUACUUUGGUCCAGAGUUAAGACCUCCAAAGUUUUGUAUUGUGGUUUUGUUUCUAAGUAGUGGUAUUCUCCAGUCCCUUGUUUCUUUUACCUUUAUUUCUCUUUCCAGUAAUGUUUUUUUUUUCCUCUUCUUUAUUGUAACCAUAAUGAUGAUAUAGAAAACAUGUUUUCCUUUUUGAUUGUGUACGAUUACUGAAAAAUAAUUGU